AUGUGGCGGGAACUGUUCUCAGUAGCCCUUCUCCGGGCGGUCUUCGCAGAGUUCCUGGUCACGGCUAUCUAUGUCUUCUUUGGUGUGGGCUCCUUGCUGCCGUGGCCUUCAUCCCUGCCCUCUAUUCUGCAGAUCGCCAUCACCUUCAACUUGGCUGCUGCCACCGCUGUCCAGAUUGCCUGGCAAGCCAGUGGGGCCCACGUCAACCCGGCGGUGACCGUGGCCUUCCUGCUUGGCUCCCGCAUCUCGCUGGCGAAGGCUGCCUGCUAUGUGGUUGCCCAGCUGGCGGGAGGCAUCGCUGGAGCAGCCACCCUUUAUGGAGUGAUCCCUGGGAACAUCCGAGGAAAUUUAGGCAUCAACGUGGUGAGCAACGAUGUCACAUCCGGACAGGCAGUGGCCGUGGAACUCAUUUUGACCCUCCAGCUGGUCCUCUGCUAUUUUGCUUCCACAGACAGCCUCCGAAGCACUGGCUCUCCGGCAAUAAUGAUCGGUGUCUCAGUUGCCCUGGGCCACUUAGUUGGGAGUUACAUCACGAGCUGCUCCAUGAAUCCAGCCAGAUCCUUUGGUCCUGCAGUCAUAGUUGGGAAGUUUCCUGACCACUGGAUAUUCUGGGUGGGACCACUGGCUGGAGCAAUCCUGGCAUCUCUGCUUUAUAACUUCAUUCUGUAUCAUGUCCCAAAGACUUUUGCACAACGACUGGCUAUACUCAAAGGCAGCUAUGAUGUAGAAGAAUUGGAGAAGGACGGAGGCCAGAAGAAGGAAUCCAUAUCACUGCCCAAUCUUGCACAUAGGCUGUAGCCUGCAUGUAGCUGGUGGUGGAAGAGCAUUCCUAGCCUCCGUCAUUUUUAUUUAAGAAGGACUCACCCAGAGGAGCGAGAUUAAACCUGUGGGCAUGUUAUCCCAACAUUGGCCACUAGAGGGCUCU